GAGGGGCUGGGUGUGUACAGUUUCCUGUAAAUAAGACCCACCCACAAGCUUACCAUGAAGCCGCCAUGAAAGAGUCCUGAUGAAUUUGGUCCUCAAGAAAGCAAUUAGGUUGAUUGUUUGUGGCGUCCCUGGGCGGCAAUGCAGCUACUCCACGAGAUCCAGAGGCUAUGAGGUGGUGAUAGGAGGUGGUGGGAUCAUGGGUUGCUCAAGUGCUCUCUUUCUAGCUCAGAGGGUGCAACCAUCAUCCAUCUGUAUUGUGGAGAGAGACCCAAAGUACCAACAAGCUUCCACCCCCCUCUCUGUGGGUUCCAUACGACAGCAAUUCUCCAUCCCAGCCAACAUACAGCUGUCAAUGUACUCGAGUGAAUUCAUUCGGAACAUUGCCACCCACCUUCAAGUUGAUGACAACGACCCACCAGAUGUGCAGUUCAUCCCUGGUAGCUAUGUGUUCCUGGCAACAGCUGAGGGUGAAGAUGGCCUGAGGGAUAAUUUUAAGGUCCAGAAAGACCAGGGUGCAGCUGUUGAGUUAAUGAAUCCUCACCAGCUCAAAGAGAAGUAUCCAUGGAUCAACACUGAGGGAAUCGUCUUGGCUUGUAGAGGUGUGAGGAAUGAAGGCUGGUUUGACCCUUGGCUUCUUCUCAGUGCUUUUAAGAAGAAGGUUCUUUCCAUGGGCGUGCACUACGUCACAGGAGAACUGUCUGCAGUUGCCGUGGAAGACAAAAGAGUUUCCAGUGUGGAGGUCACUACUGAAAAUGGCAACAAAGAACACAUAGGAUGUGAUCAUUUCGUCAAUGCUGGUGGACCCUGGGCUUCUCAACUGGCUUUGAUGGCUGGAAUUGGAGACCCCACUCACUCUAACAAAGUCAUGCGUGCCCCCCUCCCAGUGAAACCACGGCGACGGUGUGUGUUUGUCAUAAAAUGCCCGGAUCUCAUCACUGAAGAAUUCCCUAUGCUUAUUAAUAUUGAUGGCACGUAUUUACGAAAGGAAGGAGUACAAAACACUUUCAUAUGUGGAGUGAGGACCCCUGAGCACCUGGAUCACGAUGACCUUGAGUUAGAAGUGGACUAUUCACUGUUUGACGAGUAUGCGUGGCCUAGUAUUGCACACAGGGUACCGGCAUUUGAAUCUUUGAAGUUGCAAAGUGCUUGGGCUGGUUACUAUGAUUACAACACUCUGGAUCAAAACGCAAUUAUCGGGAGGCACCCUGUCAUUAAUAACUUGGUAUUUGCCAAUGGCUUUAGUGGCCAUGGCAUACAACAGUCACCAGCUGUAGGUAGAGCAGUUAGCGAGAUUGUUUUAGAUGGUUGUUCGCACUCUAUUGAUCUCAGUAGAUUUUCCUUUGAAAGAGUUGUGAAUGGUCAGCCAUACAAAGAAAAAAACAUUGUGUAAGAGAGAUUUUUUUAUACAUAUUCUUACGCCAAACUUCAUUCAGAUGUGUCUUUAAUUUUUGUGUGUAAUUUUCACCCUAACGGUUUGAAUUGGGAAUGGAAGUAGUUGAACAAUGCUGA